AUGACGGGUAUGGCUACGAGGGCCAGGCCGGAGGUUAUGGCCACCAGCCGCAAGAUUACGGGCAAGCACCGCAGGGUCAGCGACGGCCCUCGCAAGACUAUUACGGGCCUGGGGUGGGAGGUGGCGGCCGUCCCAUGCCUCCGGCCGGUCGAGGAGGUCCAGGACCCCGGCCCUCCACAGCAGAAGAUCAUCGGGGGCAUGCGUAUCCGCCUCGUGGCAGGGGAAUGGGACCUGCUCCUGACCGAGGUAUGCCCGGUGGCAGAGGUGGCCCGGCCCCCGACUUCCAUGGGACCGGCCCCGGGACGGGAACCGGCAGGCUAUGGAGGCUAUGAGGAUGGCUACAGUGCCGACCCCAACAUGGGCCCGCGUCACGACUUUGGUCCCCCUGGCCGCAGCAUGACCAUGCCCGUCCAGGAUUCUGGUGCGAGGCAGGCCAUGCCUGCACCUCAGCGCGUAGACUCGAUGCCGUUCAGUGGCCCUGCUGGACGUGGCAUGCCUCCGAGGCCGUCAACCACGACCGGCACGCGUCCGGUGCCUCAACGGACAUACCCCGAGGACGCAAGCGCAAAUAACCAGUACGGCGGCGCCUACCACGAUAGUAGGGGCUAUGGAAAUCAACCCGCGCCCGCUGUCGAUGAUUUCUUCGACUCAUACUUCGAUAACGACCCGGUAGGCAAUACGGACCAUGGCUCCCAAGCACCGCCGCAUCGUUCGAGUCUCCCCGAUUUUGAUUCCGCGCCGCCUCAACGGCGGGGAUCAUUUGAGCAAGCGAUGCUUCCGGGACCGCAGCAGCCUCACCAGGGCGCUCAUCAGACUCCAAGACUGCAUCAUGCCAAGUCAGAGGCGAACGUUCGCGAGCCGCAGGCGGCCGUGUUCGAGAUGGCCGGCGAUAUACCCUCGGUUCCUGCAGUCCCUCAUAUUAAGCCAUAUCAACCCGAAUUCUCGAACGGAUAUGGUGGCUCUGGAGGCUACGAACCGAUGCCACCCCCGGCCCGCGGGCCUAGCGUACCACCUGGUCCUGGAGGCGGUCCGCGACCCGGAGGUUUCGCUCGCGGCGACAUGUCCAGGACCCAUACUGGACUGUCACAGAGCACCAAUUCCGACUCCUUGCCCUCUCAUCCCACGCCUGUGCGUCCGGGGUUGAUGGCGAACUCGAUGGUCAGCAUGCAAGACAGACCGCCUCCUGUCCGUAACUACACCGGCGUGCCGCAGGGCACUCCAGCACAGCCUCAGGCCCCCCCUCCUCCUCAGCAACAGCCGCAGCAGCAGCCGCGGAUGGCUGCACGAGCUGGCCAUCGGGUUCCAGAGGUCGCGCCGUUGGAGGAACCAGUGACGCAACAGGAGCUCGAGAGACUUCGGAUGGUCAUCAAGGGCAACGCGAACGACCAAGCCUCAGCUCUGAGGCUGGCAAAGAAACUCAUCGAAGCGGCUGAUGUGCUUGCACCUAGGCUGCCUGAUCCCAAGCAACGUAUGAGAGCGCGCGAGCGGUAUCUACUGGACGCCCACAAGAUCUUGAAGAAGCUUUCCAACGCUCAAAACCAGGAUGCAAUGUUCAUCAUGGCCGAUAGCAUCGGCCGGGGCCUAUUUGGGCACGAACCGGAUAAUAAGGAGGCCUUCACACUGUAUCAAUCCGCGGCCAAGCUCGGCAAUGCGGCAGCGGCGUACCGGACGGCCGUCUGCUGCGAGAUAGGGCAUGAAGAGGGGGGUGGGACACGCAAGGAUCCAUUGAAAGCCAUGCAGUGGUACAAGCGGGCAGCGACGCUUGGCGAUCCGCCCGCCAUGUACAAGGUGGGAAUGAUUCUGUUAAAGGGACUGCUGGGCCAGCCUAGAAACCCGCGAGAGGCGGUGGGGUGGUUGAAGCGGGCAGCUGAGCAAGCCGAUUCGGAGAAUCCUCACGCUCUGCACGAGCUCGGACUGCUGUAUGAGUCUGCACAGCCAAACGACGCCAUCAUCCGAGACGAAUUGUAUGCACUGAAUCUUUUCCAGCAAGCGGCCGAUCUUGGUUACAAGUUCUCGCAGUUCCGGCUGGGAUGUGCGUACGAGUUCGGGCUGCUUGGCUGCCCGAUCGACCCAAGACAGUCCAUCUUCUGGUACUCUAAGGCAGCUACGCAAGAAGAGCACCAGUCCGAGCUGGCCCUCAGUGGGUGGUACCUCACAGGAAGUGAGGGUGUCUUGAAUCAGAGCGACACGGAGGCCUAUUUGUGGGCGAGAAAGGCGGCGGUCGCAGGGCUAGCCAAGGCCGAGUACGCCAUGGGCUACUUUACUGAGACGGGCAUCGGUAUCCCAGCGAAUCUCGAGGACGCGAAACGGUGGUAUUGGAGGGCUGCGGCGCAAGACUUCCCGAAGGCGCGAGAGAGGCUGGAGGACCUCAAGCGGGCGGGCAAGAACGGCUAUCCGAGACAACGUGAACGUAUAUCGCGGAGUCGCAUCGAGAAGCAGCAAGACGGGGAAUGCACCGUCAUGUAA